AUGGAAUGUUCGUACCCACUCGCAGGCAAAUUAACGAUUCCGAAUCCGGACACGAAGAAAAUAGAGGAGAUAGACGUCUUAAUAGACACAGGAGCAGAAAUAUCUUUUAUUGGCAAUGUUCUGAUCGAGUGUCUUCACUUACCAGUCAUUGAAGUAAGACCAAAGGUGUCCAACGCCGACGUCGAUUUCAAACGAUCCCUCAAGGUGUCAAUUUUAACGCAUUCGGAGAAUGAUCUUGUCAAGCCAUCAAUACUCCUGAUAUCUGACCAACCAUCUGGCGAGAGUGAAAAAGAAACGUAUAUCAUGCCAAAGGGUGGUCAGGCUACUUUGGUAACCUUCACUGGCACAAGUACCAAUGCUAUGUGUGCGGGCGCAUACCUUCUGAAUGGUCCAGCUAGUCAACUCUUAGCGACCAGAGCAGAAUUUCCACCAAUCCGUCAGGAACCAACAGUUCCAAAACCCGAACUCUAA